UCAUUCGAGCACUCGUGCACUGCCCAGGGGCCCGGGGUCAGUAAGGGGCCCCAUGAAAUGCCCCUGGCACCUUUUAUAGGCUUUUUUGGGUGUGCUUUGAGUGUGGGCAAGGACAAAGUUGCCCCAUGAUCCCCUAUUGCCCAGGUCCCCAUGAGUUGUCAGUCCGCCCCUGCUCCCAAGCCCCGCUCUAACAGUGUUAGCAUACCAAUAUUAAACUCUUACAUUUUUGGUGUAGGAAGGCAGUUCCAAAGCUCAUUCUAGUCCUAAGCACAUGGA